AUGCAAAGCGAACUUGGCUUCUUGGUUUCUGUUCUGAUCAUAUGUGCAGACAUUUCAGCUGCAGUCCUCGGGAUCGAAGCCGAGAUUGAUCAAAGCAAGGAUUCUGGAUGUCGUCGAAGAAACCCGAGCUCUGGAGCUUUUGCAGAGGGAGUAGCUGCAAUGGUGAUUCUGUUUAUUGUCCAUGUUACAGCCAAUGUGCUUGGAGGCUGCACUUACAUUCGCUCUAAGCAAGAUUUCAAGAGAGCAACAGCGAACAAGAUACUUGCAGUGGCUUUCCUUGUUCUCUCCUGGAUCUUGUUUGCGGUCAGCUACGCAAUGUUGAUGUUAGGAACACUGGCCAACUCGAGAUCGAAUAGAUUCUGCAACUUACCUAGUCGUUGGCUUUUUCUUGCCGGAGGCAUAUGUUGUCUAGGACAUGGAUUGGUGACUUCAGCAUAUUAUGUUUCAGCCAUUGCGGCUAACAAAGAAGACAAAGAGAACGUCCAACAGGAAAAUCCAGCACAAAGAAGUCGCGCAUAA